GUCACUGUGCCCGAAAUACAUAUAUUAUUUAUUAAUUUAUUUUAGAUAAUUGUUUGUUUUUUGAUAUAAACGUCACCAACAGCUGGUUGCUAGGGACCUUUUUUCAGCGUCUUUUCCUGUUGCCAGCAAGACGCUAAUGCUUCUUGCUUCACAUGACCACAACGAAUUAAUUUCUCUCGAUUAGUAAAGACUCUGUGGUUCCCUUUUUGUUAUGGUCAUAAUGAUUUGUAGAUAACCUACGUGCGGUGCAAAAGCUAUCCAGAGGAUCCUCCAUGUUUAUUUGACAUUUUCUUGCUGGUAAGGAGUACAUUUGAAAAGUUUCUGUCGUUCACAUGAGUUUCAAGGAGACAGGCGAGAUGGGAGACAUCUUGGCAACAGAAGCAGAUCUUCUUGGGAUGAUCAAAGAAUAUCUUAAAUUUGAGGAUUUUAAAGAGACUGUUGAUAGCUUUGACAAGGAGUGCAAAUGUAAAGGAAAACUGGUCUCUAAGCCUCAAGGUAGCUCACUGAGAGACUCAAAAAUGCAUGCCAUCCAGAGAGACCUUCUUAUCUCUUUUGAUGAUGGAGAUCAUAAGGUAUUCUUUGAACUGUGGACAAACCAUAUUGAGGUGAAAGAUACAGACACCACUGCUCAAAGUUUGGAGUUUUACCUUUACAUUCACUUCACUAUCUACCCACUGAGGAAACAGGAGCGAGGUGACCUUGAGGAAAGGGUAUCUCUUUUUAAACAGUUUCUUGAGACACGAGGAGCAGCACUCAGUCAAACUACAGAAUUCCUUCCCUACUAUGCACUACCAUUUGUUCCCAAUCCUACUGCACACCCUUCGUUUAAAAAUCUUUUCCAGGAUUCCUGGAUACCAAAGUUGAAGAAAAAGCUUGAGCAAUUUCUGGAAAUUACAUUGAAGCCACCAAAUAGUCCUAGACUUUUAAGCUUAUAUAGGGACGGUGGCAGAAGUACAAAAGAAGCCAUACAGCAGCUGCAGAUCCAGUUGUCUGAGUCAGAUUGGUCCCUUGCAAUUUACAAAAAGAAGUUUAAUAAGAGUCAGGCUGACUACCACAACCUGAUUGGAAUAACCGCUGAGCUGGUCGACGCAUUGGAGGCAACUGUUAACGGAAAAAUGAUGUCCCCUGAGGACCUGCAAAGGGUGUGUGUUCGCCUGUUCAGCAGCCAGAUGAGGCAGAGCAUGGUUCAGAGCACAGACUUCACCAGGCCUGGCACUGGAUAUUACUCUAUGAGUCCUUAUGAUGAUGGCUAUGCCUCCUCAAUCCUCAGAGCAUCCCUUGCACCUCAAGGACCUAAGGAGGUGCCAAUGCUGCCCUCACUGGACUAUGACAAACUGAAGAAAGAUCUGAUGGAGGGGACAGACAGGCUCAGAGCUCUGCUUCUACAAGCACUGCGCUGGAGACUCACAAGGUCGCUUCCUGGUGAGCAGAGAGACACGGUGCUUCAAGCUUAUAUCAGCAAUGAUCUACUUGACCGCUUCAGCAAUGAUCAGACAACUGUGCUUCAUUUAAUGUGGUCUAGAAAUGAUAUUGUCCGUCAGUUCAUGGCUCGCCUGAUCAAUGCUUUUGCUUCUCUUGCAGAGGGCCGAGUUUACCUCUCUCAGAUUCCAAUUCUUCUGCAAUUGAUGACAGAGGCACUCAAGAAGGAGGAAAAAGACUCACAGACAAGAGAAUAUGUUCUAAUUGCACUACAGAAACUCAGCCUCAGGAGGAGUCAGCAGACUGCCAUGAUACAGAAAGGUCUGAUUGGCUGGCUCGUGGAUGAAUUGCAGGACUAUGACUGUCUCAGCGACUGUACUCUGGAGUACACCACAGCUCUACUCAUGAACCUCUGUCUAAGAACAAAGGGAAAAAGGAAGUGUGCUGAAAAGGCCAAACAUGUGCUUAAAGUUCUUACUGACCUACUGGGACAUGAGAAACAUGAGAUUCGACCGUAUGUCAAUGGAGCCUUGUAUAGUAUCCUGUCUUUACCCUCUGUGAGACAGGAAGCCAAAGAGAUGAGUGUUGAUGAGAUUCUCUAUUGUUAUUGCAAAGAGGAUGAUCCAAACCUGAACAGACAGAUUGAGUAUAUCAUCCAACAACUCAAUUCAACUGAAGACGAAGGGUCGGAGUCAGAGGAUGAGGAAGAAGAGGAUGACAGUGAUGAAGAUCUGAUGGAGACAGGCCUGGAAGAGGAAGUUGUCCAGCCACAGUUAGGGGAACUGUCUGGGGAGAGUCUGCUCACUACAGAGUACCUGGGAAUUAUGACCAAUAUGGCAAAAGCUAAAAAGCGAUCUACAAAUCCACAAUUUAGUGGCGAUGAACCCCUACAGCGCCCUGUCACUCCAAGACAGAGGAAUUCUAACCUAGGGAAUUCCAGCCAUGGAGUUGACGGCCAAGACAGCCUCCCUCCAUCUCGCUUCAAUUCCCGACCUCCCACGCGCACCGGCAGCCGCCCCAUGUCCGCUGAGUCCUUACAUCAAAGCACUGAUACUGAAAGUGUAAGAUUUUCCCAGGAUAUAGAUUUGGAUGCUCUGUAUGAAAGUCGUACCAGAAAAGGACUGGAGGAGCAGAAUGGAGAGAGGGAUUAUGUUCCAGCAUUUGCGAGUCAGCCAAAGAUUCCGCGCACACCUGAUGGCUCAUCACCACAGAGAGGAUCCAAUCACAGCCGUGGCCUGGCACCUCAUUUCUCCCACUGUGAACCACAGCAAAGCAGACCCAACUCAGGCACCUCCAAUGAAGACAAAUCUCAGAUAAACCCAAGCGGUCAGUCCAAGAGGAGGUGAGGAGGGACCUGUCAUCACAGAGCUCCACUAUCUCCUCCAUGGCAUGGGACUUCCUGAAACCUCAUCCCUGGCCAGUGGUGAUCAGGGUCCGGGCGCAGAGACGGUCGAAGAUCAGCCUCACCAGCAGGGAGGUAGAAGGGAGUGGGGUCAGAACAAUGCAAAGGAUUGUGGGGGUUGCGUUUUUUUUUUUGUUUUUUGUUUUUUCACCCCCUCUGCAGCAGCGUAGACCUGUUCUGUAACUUUAUAGUGGGUCAGACAAUAAUCACAGUCUGGAGCUGUCCCUCCCCCUGGGCCCUGUGUAUUCAUUCACCUCUGCCUCUCCAUUCACAGAGCUAUUUCCUGACUAAUCUUCCGUUUUGCUAAUUAUUACCUUCAUUUUCUAAGCUUUUAAGUGUCUACAUAUUAUUUUUGUAAAUUGCUGUGUCUUAAACUUGAAUUUAUUUAUCAAUAAGCAUGCCAAGGAUGUAUGUUUUGAUAACAUAAUCUUUAUAGGAAAAAGGGAUGUCCACAUUUUUUUUCUUCUUGAAUAUUAUUGUACAUAGUGACAGAUACAGAUAAUUAUGGUGACUGAUAAAGACUUAAGUUGUUUUUAACUUAUGCAGUAGGAAUGUUUACAAAUGACACAGGUCUGCACUGACUCAUGAACUAUAGGAAUCAUAUGCUGCAUAUAUACCAAUAUGUAUAUACCAAUAUGUAUGAAAGUAUAUACCGAUAUUUAUGAAAGACUUGUUAUUGUUGAGAUGAAAUAUUUCCACGUGUUGACGUGUAUAAGUAUAGUUUUUAGAUUUUUUUCUACAUAAAUCCUGCCAUUUACCGUAAUUCAUUAUGGUUGUAAAUAAAAGUAUGCCACAUUUUAUUUUCUUUCAAAUGUAUUCAAUUCUUAAUGUCUACCAUGGAUUCAUACAUUUUAUAAUAAAUGCACUA